AUGCAGACUUUCGAGGCCCCCCCAUCGCAGCUUCUCUACUCCCUACUCACGAUGAACGGUUGGUGGGACAUCAGCAUCCUUCUCUGCCAAGACUGGAACAUCCGCGACUUCCUCCUCCUCAUCAAAAACAACACUCGCUUCCAUGUGGGCACUCUGGUCAACCUUACAUCCACUUCCUUGACCACACCUUUGGGUUUCUCCUCACCAGUGGCAUCUUCGUUGUCUUCCGUGCCAUAUUUUGUCUCGUCGGCCACCGCUGCUGCUUCUUUCACGUCUUCCACGGCUUCACCGAUCAAGUCUGAUCCGCAGCAGGUCAUCAUGAAACUCUUGGACGGCCUGCGAGAAACGUCAACCACGACAACAGUGAUGACUUUUGGGUGCGAUAUUCGGGAAGUGCGGAGGAUUUGGACGGUCGCGGCGAAGAUGAUGCUGCCGGACUACCACUGGGUUCUGGGGGAUAGUCAGAAUGUGGCAGAGCUGAGGACAGAGGGGCUACCAUUGGGAUUACUAGCACAUGGAGUGAUGGGGUCGCCUUCAUUGGAUCAUUACGUACAGGAUUCGCUGGAGGUGGUAACUCGGGCGAUCGGCAGUGCAGCCAUGCAAAACCCAGCUUUGGCCCUAAUACCUGGAACUACUAAUUGUAUGGAUGUACUGCAAGCCAGCAAUGGGAGCGCAGGGCAGUAUUUGUCAAGAUUCAUCUCCAACGCCACAUUCGAAGGCCAGAGCGGUCUCGUUUCCAAAGAGCCCGGGACUCAAAACAUCCACUCGGAGGCACAUCACUACAUCUGGUCCCUGCAGCUGGACCCUCUGGGACAGCCCACGUGGACCCGGCUUGGACGCUGGCGGAGGGGCCGGGUUCUCAAGGACCAGGGGGCUUGGCCUGGGCACCAUGGCUCGGGCGGAGGGGGUGACUGGAGGCGGUCCACGCGACUGCACAUGCGCGUGGUCACUCUGGUGGAGCAUCCGUUUGUUUUCACUCGGGAGGUGGACGCGGAUGGUCACUGUCCCGCGGGUCAGCUGUGCCUUGACCCACUCACCAACGAAUCCUCGGUUCUAGAAGGCCUUUUCCUAAACCUCUCUGGACGUAACGGAUCUGUACCGACCGAGUUGAAGAAAUGCUGCUAUGGAUAUUGUGUAGAUUUGUUGGAAAAGCUGGCAGAAGACAUGGGGUUCACGUUUGACCUCUAUAUUGUUGGCGAUGGGAAAUACGGAGGCUUCAAAAAUGGCCGCUGGACAGGAUUGGUGGGGGAUCUUCUGAGUGGAGCUGCUCACUUGGCUGUGACAUCCUUCAGUAUUAACUCAGCCAGGAGCCAAGUAAUUGACUUCACCUCUCCCUUUUUCUCCACCAGCCUGGGAAUUCUGGUGCGUACCCGGGACACGGCUGCUCCCAUCGGGGCUUUCAUGUGGCCUCUGCACUGGUCCAUGUGGCUCGGGAUCUUCGUCUCUCUGCACGUCACCGCUGUGUUCCUCACCUUGUACGAGUGGCACAGUCCGUUCGGCAUGACGCCUCGUGGACGCAACCGGGACAAAGUCUUCUCCUUCUCCUCUGCUCUGAAUGUGUGCUACGCCAUUUUGUUUGGACGUACUGUGGCCAUCAAGACGCCCAAGUGCUGGACUGGACGUCUGCUGAUGAAUCUGUGGGCUAUCUUCUGCCUGUUCUGCCUGUCCACGUACACGGCCAACCUGGCCGCUGUGAUGGUCGGGGAGAAGACCUACGAGCAGUUGUCAGGGAUUCACGACCCAAAGUUGCACCAUCCGUCUCAGGGGUUCCGGUUCGCCACAGUGAGAGAGAGCAGUGCAGAAGACUACCUCAAGAAGAGUUUCCCCGAGAUGCACGAAUACAUGAGGCGAUACAAUGUCCCGGCCACUCCAGACGGCAUCCACAACCUCAAGGCCGACCCGCAGAAGCUGGACGCAUUCAUCAUGGACAAGGCCCUUUUAGACUACGAAGUGUCCAUCGACGCGGACUGCAAAACCCUAACAGUCGGGAAACCAUUUGCCAUUGAAGGUUACGGCAUCGGCCUGCCCCAGAACUCCCCGCUCACUUCCAACAUCUCGGAGCUGGUGAGUCAGUACAAGUCGGAUGGCUUCAUGGACAUGCUGCAUGACAAAUGGUACAAGGUGGUGCCCUGCGGAAAACGGAGCUUUGCAGUCACUGAGACGCUGCAGAUGGGGAUAAAGCACUUUUCAGGCCUGUUUGUGAUGCUCUGUGUGGGCGUGGCCUUAUCCCUCAUAACCACUCUAGCGGAGCACAUCGUCUUCAAACUUGUCAUCCCUCGAGUCAAAGAGCCGCGCUACAAGUACUGGCUCCACACCAGUCAGAGAUUACACCGAGCUCUGAACUCUUUCACAGAGGAUAAACUACCAACAGUUGCCAAACCAGAGAAAAGGUGCAACGAGGGGAACAACCAAUCCGCAUGCUGGAACGCCACGGAGUCAUCCCACUGCAACAGACGCAGAGUGGUCCCAGAGCUUCAGAACGACCUGGAGCGGCCCCCCUCUAUGGACCUGUCCGCCUCCCCCUCCUCACCUCACCCACACUCCAUCCCCUUACUGGAGAAGCACCUGCCCAUAGUCACCACCUCCAACGGCCGCUCUGAACUUCUAGGCCGCCUCACAGCCGGGCAAGGGGGCACGUUUCCAGGUAUCACCCCAGCGCACUGUCGGGGCAUUGUGGAGUGCGGGGUGGGCAGAAAUCCCCUGGUUCAAGAGCUGUCAGAAUUGGAGAGUCAAAUUCACCUGAUAAAGCAGCAGCUGCAGUCCGCUAUGAGGAGAAAAAGGGAGUUAGAACAAUACCAAGCAGAACAGCAGACUCCUUCUACUCAGCCGACCACAAACCAAGCAAACCAGUUUUCCCCGUACACCCAGUCUCACCAGCAGACUAAUCAACACACAAACACACUACCAGAGUUUUGA